ACAUCACAUCACAAUCCAAAGCCGGCUAGUGAGCUGCUUCAUAUUUUUGUUUGGGCCAAAAUGUCGACCACAACUGGCGGCGGAGAGUUCGGCAACCCUCUACGGAAGUUUAAGCUCGUCUUCCUGGGCGAGCAGAGCGUGGGAAAGACUUCGCUCAUCACAAGGUUUAUGUAUGACAGCUUUGACAACACCUACCAGGCAACGAUUGGCAUUGACUUUUUGUCCAAAACCAUGUACCUCGAAGAUCGCACGAUUCGGCUGCAGCUCUGGGACACGGCGGGACAGGAGCGUUUCCGCAGCCUCAUCCCGAGUUACAUCCGAGACUCGGCCGCUGCAGUUGUGGUUUAUGACAUAGCCAAUCUCAACUCCUUCCAACAAACCUCAAAGUGGAUCGAUGACGUACGGACGGAGAGAGGAAGUGAUGUCAUUAUCAUGCUCGUUGGGAACAAAACAGACCUGGCGGAUAAAAGGCAAGUUUCUGUUGAGGCGGCAGAGAGGAAAGCUCGCGAGCUCAAUGUGAUGUACAUAGAGACCAGCGCCAAGGCUGGCUAUAACGUCAAACAGCUGUUCCGUCGUGUUGCGGCUGCGUUACCUGGGAUGGACAGCACAGCGGAGAAAAGCAAAGAAGACAUGAUCGACAUCAAACUGGAGAAGCAGCCAGAGAUGACUGUCACCGAGAGCAGCUGCUCGUGCUAGUACACGACACUGAAGCCCAACCCAUCAAGUCUGUCUCACACUCAGUCCCCCACCCCACCACCAUCACCAACAACAACAGCUUGUCUCUCAGUAGCCACUCGGGGAACAAACACUGGAGAGUGAGCGUGUGGAUAUGUGUUACUGAAUCCAAACAAGAGAAUCCACAUUGAUAUCAAAAGGGACACGAUGCGCGUUUUCAAUGUGAUAACUUGCAUGGCAUUCCGAUAAUAUAUAUAUAUAUAAAUUGAAGCGCAGAUUGUCUUAGCUAACUGCUUUUUGGGGUUAUCGCACAGUCUUUGUGCUGUGACUUCUUUUUUUUGGGCACGUAGAAAAAACACACCGCUUUGGGUAGUUUUAAUGACUGCACAAGGUUUGGUUCUUAACAUUUGUUUUGUAUCUACAAUAGAGAAGUUGUAAGAUGGCUACUGGUUCUUCACAUCUAUGUUGUAUUUUAGGGAAGUAGAGACAAGGUCUUACUAAUCGUCACACAAAGGAUUUUGUCGCAUACUAACACAGCAGGAGGCGUCGAUAAGCGAGGGAUGAGGUUGCUCCACGGAAAGCUGUUUGUCUGUCAUCCCAUAACUUUGAGAUCCAGUUUAGGGUUCAUCUAGAAUGCCCUUUACCCUCAUUAGUAAAACAGAUUAGCCCACUAGUGGAAUACCUGUCUUACUGGUCAUGUCUUUUCCGCUAGUCGUUUCACUUUUGGCCAAAUGGGACACAAUUCAAACUUGUCUAAUUUACUAUGCUUAGACUAGCGUUAGACGAAUCAGUAGGCAUAUUGCACUAGUAUCUUCCUUAUGAAGGUUAUCAAACAAAUGAGCACAUAUUUGAUCAAAUAGAACAAGUGUGUCUUACUACUAACUAACUCUGCUACUAGCCUACUUGUAUGCAACUCUGGUAAGCCCCUGUGUUGCACUGUUUAUAACAAUUGGAUUUUUAGUCAUUCCUACUAGUAGUCAACUGUUGUACAGUUUUGGUUCAGUAACAUAGUUGUCCUACUGGUAUGCCAAAUUUAGUCUUACUAGUGCAUAUUGAAUUGAAUUGCCACAGCACGGUAGUUUACCGUUGGUUUAAUUGUGUGGUAGGAAGCCAAAAGUAGAAGUUGGGGAAAAAUAAUGACUCCCAAGAAAGUUACCUUAGUAGUCAAUUGCCUAACUUGCAGGGACAAAGAGCAGACUAGCACAUGGAACUUGCAGUUGAUCAAGGAAAUUCUAUAAACGCUUCAACAGAUAGAUGGUCUGCAGAUCAACAAAAUGUAUUGACAAAUUUAGGAUUUUUUUUUAAUCCAAGACCCCUGAGUGAGCAAAGCAGUCCCAAACCACAAGACUCACUGCACCGUUCACGUGUAUCAUUCAUUAGAGACCCGAUCCCAAGCGGCAAAGUCGUCUCACGUAACCCCAAACUGUCUUCGUAACACGCCAGAAGCAUUCAAAUGCCAAUUUCACCAUACUAACAAAGACCUUACUAGAUAUCACACUUGAGAACUCUCCCACCGUGCCAUUGAUCCUCCGUGUUGUGUUGAUCACACUUACAUCGCAGCGCAUGCUCGCCAUGCAGGAGUUGUACGAACAACAACACAGAUGCCUUGCUUGUUUUGUUCACCAACGUUGUGCACUGAAUCAAGCCACAAACAUUGUAAAAUACAUGAAAAGGGAAGCCAGCUGACUGAUUGGUGGCUUCAACUCGGCGUCGUUUUCUCAAGACGGUCAACGAGAGCUUGUCCGCCAAAAAAAAAAAAAAGCUUACUAACACACCCGCUGUAAAAAGGCCACAUUGGGUGCAGUAACCUUCGCUGUAGUGCUAUUAUUGCUCGUGUAGAACUGUUGUUUUUAUGUGAUUAUUUAUGCAGUAACUCAGACAUACACAUGAAAAUCGUUUGCUUGACCAAAUGUGCUGAGACGCAUGUUGAAAAGCUGUUUUAUUUAUUUGUGUGUCUGCUGGGGACCCCUAUCUCCCUAUUCCCACUGAGCAAGUGUUUUCGAAGGCAGCAAAUAUUGUGCUCACAUCGCAGUUUGUCAAGAUCUGUUCAAAGUUGCCAACAAGUUUAUUCAAAAUUUCCUUUCAACGGGAAAAUGUUCCGGUGAACGUCUUUCGCACAUCUGGUGAGUGUUUGGCAAACAUUUGCAACCCUUGAAUGAACCCUGAUGAGAAUGCAACAUUGGCUGCCUUCGAAAACACUCGCAAUUGUUUGCUACUCAUAUGUUGUCAUGGUAACACUUUACACACCCACAGUGUGAACCACAGACCAAUUAUCAGGCCAUGGUUUCUGGUUAACUGGUCCUUGGCUUUUGCCGGUUUUAAAAGUACAUUUUAAAGGGGGGGGCGGGGGGGAUUUUGCGCUCUUCUAUGACUUGCCACAACUUAAUACUCAGCUUUGUGCUCUUCGGAAUCGUGUGUGUCCACUUGAACUAUGCUGUCUACUCGUGUUUAGCAACGUUGUGUGAAUAUAUUACUAUCUGGUGUGUAAAAAUGAGAGUUAAUGGCACACAAGUGAAGGCUUAUCAACUGAAAUACAAUAAAGAUUAUUUCACCAAA